AUGGCCGCUCCGAUUCCUAUCGCCCUCGUCCAAAGCAACGAGGACUUCGCUAGAUAUUUCGUAGAAGCGCUCCGCCCCGAAUUCGAAGUGGUACACGUGUGCCUCAGCGCCGAGGCGGCCGUGGCCGAGCUCGGUAUCCCUACGCCCCUUUGCCCCCCCCACGAGUUCCCCGCCGGCGGCAACGCGCUUGUGCCCCCGCCCUGGCGUAAGGCACCGCGCGCCGUCGUCGUCGGCCUGGACAUCGAGCCCGGAACCGAAGAUGCCAUCGAGGCCGCCAUCCAGCCUGAGACGGCCGAUGUCCCGGUGGUGCGGGCCCCGGGUCGUGACGCCGACGACAUUCGCGACGUGCUGCGGAGGUUUGUUGCGGACGGCACCAUUACCGUAGAGUGA